AUGGCCACCACCACCACCACUGAAACCCUCGCCGGAGAAACCGGUCAGCCGGCCAAAGUCCAGUUGGCCGUGAUCGUGGUCCCGCUCCUGUUGCAGGGCCACCUCAACCAGCUCCUCCACCUCUCCCACCGCAUCUCGGCCCGCGGCAUCCCAGUCCACUUCGCGGCCCCCUCCACCCACAACCGCCAGGCCCGGGCUCGGGCCCACAAUCCGGCCUCCUCCCCCGACCUCAUAUUCCACGACCUCCCGAUGCCGGAGUUCGAAAACCCUAGCCCAAACCCUAAUGCCGCCAACAAGUUCCCGGCCCACAUGAUGCCGCUCAUGUGGGCCACCACCGAUCUCCGCCAGCCGGUUUUCCAGCUGGCGGAGGAGGUUUCGUCGGUUGCCGAGAAGAUAGUCGUCAUUUACGACUCCUUGAUGGCCCACGUCGUGCAGGACAUCCUCACGAUUCCGAACGCCAAGUCCUACUCCUUGGAAAGCAUAUCGGCUUUCGCGUUGUACUCCUACUUUUGGGAGACCUCCGCCGCCGGAAAGCCCGUUUUUCCGGCCGGGGUGGAAGUCGUCGGAGAAGUGGGCCCCACGGAGGGAAGCUACCCGCCGGAGCUUCUUGAGUUCGUGGGUAUGGUGGAUAGCUCCCCGACUUUCAACUCCGGGGAGAUUCUCAACACGUCCCGGGAGGUCGAGGGUUUUUACGUCGAUCUCUUGGCGAAGGAAAAGUUAACGGGGACGGGAAAAAUAUGGGCCGUGGGCCCGUUUUAUCCGGUCGUGGAAAUAUUCGAGCGAAAUAAUAAGAGUUCGGGUUGUCAUAGUUCUCGUGACAAGAGCUUGGAGUGGCUCGACAAACAGGGUCGUAGCUCGGUCGUGUUCGUGUCAUUCGGGACGACUUCGUCCUUGCCGGAGGAGCAGAUUUUCGAGAUAGCUCGUGGGCUGGAGAGAAGUGAGUGUAAGUUUUUGUGGGUUUUGAGAGAUGCAGAUAAAGGUGAUGUCUUUGCAGGUGAUGAUGUUAGAAGAGCUCCAUUGCCACAAGGGUUUGAAGAGAGAGUCAAAGGGAGAGGGCUGAUUGUGAGGGAUUGGGCCCCACAGUUGGAGAUUUUAGGACAUCCUUCAGUAGGUGGUUUCAUGAGCCAUUGUGGAUGGAAUUCUUGCAUGGAGAGCAUGAGCUUGGGUGUGCCCAUAAUAGCAUGGCCAAUGCAUUCGGACCAGCCGAGAAAUGCAAUCCUACUGACGAAUCUGCUGAAAAUCGGCAUCCAAAUCACGGAUUGGGAACAUUGUCACAAAAUCGUGAAAUCGGGUGCAGUUGAGAAGGCUGUAAAGAUAUUAAUGGCGUCCGAAGAAGGAGAUGAGGUUAGGAAAAGGGCUGACAGAUUAGGGAUUGCUGUUAGGGAGUCCUUGAAGGAAGGGGGAGCUACUGCCAUGGAGAUGGAUUCAUUCAUUGAGGAUAUAAAGAAAUAGAGAAGAUAUAAAAUAAGGAAUAUUGAAGAAAUAAAAAAGGGUUCAAGGGUUUUUAACUUUCAUAUGUUUCUUGAAAGAAAAAAUUUAUAAGGUACUAUGUUAAGGCCUAAGGGAUAAAUUCAGGUAUUUGCUCCAGGUAUUUGCUCGAAAUUAGACGGGACUUUGUUUGGGCUUUUUUGGAGCAUGGAAUGGGUGAUUUGUGGUUCUUUGAGAAAAAUUAUGUAAUCAGUUGUGUAUGCCUUUUUUCUUUCAAGUAGUUUCAAAUUUAUAAAAAACUAUUGUGCUAUCAAGUAUCAACACAUACAAUAAGUUAAUACUCCAAACUCUG